GCCUUCCUGCGUGUCCCCCGGUGGAUUUGUAGCUGGUCUUCUUCCCAGGCGGAGGGUCGUUGUGGUAUAUGGAAGGUGGAGUGUUGUCAGGACUCAGGUGUCUGUUUUCCAGGGGCCGUUCAUAGCUAGAUUACAAUGGAUGUAACUUAUCACCUCGAACUGUUUCCUGAACAUAAAGUGACUUUGCUUUUAUUCAAAGAUGUUAAAAAUGCAUCAGGACUAAGAAAGAAAGCGAUUGAUGGAGAUGUUGAUGGAGUGUUACUGAAUCCUGCAAUGAUUGUGGAUCCGCUUCAGGUUCUUAUUGCAGUAAACAAAGCUAUCCAUUUACACCUAUUGGAAAAAAUGAAAACAAGGAGUCUUAACUCUGAAAUUAUAUUCAAUUUAUCACCAACAAACAAUAUUUCGGAAGCUUUUAGAAAGUUUGGCCUGUCAGACAGUGAUUCUGGAGUUCUUGUUGUUUUGACUGACGAUGGGACUAAAGCCUUGAAUUCUCAAGAAAUAAUCUCUCACGUGGAAGGCCAGCAAGUGCCUCUAGCAGAGCUGUCACAACUAACAGACUUCACGAAAGUGAGAAAGAUGUAUAAACUGACCAGAGAAGAAGAUAAAAUUGGUUCUGUACUGGAUGCUGUAAUCUGCAGAAUGGCUGUGAAAGACUUAUUAUAAAGAAUGUACUACUAAAAAAAACUCCAGAGAACUGUUCACUUGUAUUUUAUAUAUUGAUAUUGUGCUUUGUACAGUUACAUUUAUUAUCUUCUAUAGUUUUGGGAAUUAAAAAUACUGAAAUUCUGUUUUAAUAACUUA